AUGCUCGGCUGGAUGGCGGCGAUCACUCUCGAGGCAGGGCGGAAGGUCAGCCUGUUUUACCAGCCAAACCCGCUCCCGGCGCCACCGCCCAAGUGGCACGAGCGGGUCCUCCUCGAGCCUGGCUCGGAGACGGCGAUGCAGAAGUGCACGGGCGAGUCCCUGUGCAAUGGGGCCAUGGUCUGGUGGGUGCUCACCCCGGACGGGGACGUGUAUCCGGAGGAGCUGGCGGCGCCGCCGCUGGAGGGUAUCGCGUACUACGACGACGCGGAGGCGGAGAAGGAAUGCAUUCACAUCCCAGGCGACAUCACGAUCUGUUUGGGCGCUUACUGGCUGGUCAAGCGAGGAGCCAAGUGUCUGAUACUGCAGGGGGUGUUGCGGCAGGACACGGGCAUGAUCAAGCUGCUCCGGGAUCAGGAGACCGACGCGAGAGUCAUCCCUGUGAAGUGGAGGUCGGCUCAACAGCGCGGCCGCAACUUCCGCGAGGCCGUCUCGCUCCAGGAGUUCCACGACUUUGGCGACUCGCCGCUGCAAGGUGACGUGAGCCUCCCGUGGCUGCUCACCGAAGUGGCCCAGUCCUCCGAGGGGAUGGUGACGCGCCACCACACCUGGCUAUCGGCUAGCGGCAUCCCGAGCGGCGACCGCAGCAUCCACGAGCACUUCGUGAUCUCCAGGGUCUUCGACCUCGCGAUCGAGCUGGACCAGUUGAACACGAUGACUUUGACCUCUUUCGAGCUGCUCGGGCGGCGCCUGCAGCUCAUCGAGCAGGCCCACGUGUACAACCCCAGCAACCCCGACUACAGCAAUUCGGACGACUUCAUGGGCUGGGGCGUUCAGCGUGGUGCCGCCCUGGUGGCGCCGUCUAUUAAGAAGCGGGCCGCCGACGCAGCUCGAGAUCGGGCAGCGGUCCUGAAGGAGGGUCGCAAGCUCGAGGAGGAGAUCCGCCUCCGGGGGGCCAUGACCAGCUCGCAGGACCCAGUCGCUCCCUCUGGGACUCCGGCGGCUGGGUUCAAGUAUGAGAAGGGGUCCCGCCUACCUGUGCAAGUUCCCCGUGACCUCUUCCCUCUUCCUGAGCUCGAGGUCGAACAUCUUCAAGAUCACAGCGUGAGUCGCUCGGUGCAGCGACGAGUUUUGAAGCGGAGUGCUGUGGAUGCCGAGGUCAAUCGCACGAUCAAGGCCCUCAAUGCUCUCGAUGGCCAUCUGACGCCGUCAUCUUCCCCGCCCUCGCUGUGUCAGCGGGAGGCCAUUCAAUUCAUUCGUUCAGUGCAUGACGCAGCCGAGCCGCCGCAAGGUGACUACGGCUCCGAGGGAGCCGUGCGCGCGCUCCUCGGGACAGACUCCGCGCACGGUGGCGAGUCGACCUUGGUGCAGUCCUACGACCGGAACCUUCUCAGCAUCCCCCACGUGGGGGCGGAGCCCGUCCCUGUUGAGGAGAUGCUGCCGCCGAAGGUUCGCUGUUGUCUCGAGGACCUGAACAACAUUCUGCUCGAUGAUCAAGAGCGGGGCGCCGUGUGUGAAAGGGCGGAUCCCAUCAAACUCUACAUGGAUCCGAAGCUUCGCUACUCCAAGAAGACCUAUUUUCAGUUUGUCCGAGACUGUCAUUCGGCAGGCCUUAUCCGCUGGGCGCCUUUGGUACGUGGACGAGUCACGGUCUUCUGUGUGGCCAAGAAGACGGGCAAGCAGAGGCUCGUGGUGGACUGCCGCGCCACCGACAGGCGCUUCCGGCGGUGCCCUUAUUUGCCUAUGGGUACCGGGUCGAGCUGGGGAGAGAUUCUCCUGGAGGACGACGCCGACCUCUGGGUGAGCCUGUCAGACAUCAAGGACUACUUCUACGCCUGCGGCAUCGACGAUGACCUCUCCAGCUACUUUUGCCUCGACGACGUCCCAGGUUGGCUCGUCUCCGAGCUGGAGGGCAACGACAGCCGCUUUAGCCAUUUCUACGGGCGCGACGCCGUUGCGCCCGCCUUCCGAGUGCUUCCCAUGGGGUUCAGCUGGAGCUUCUAUCUGGCGCAGAUCGUCCACUCCUCCGUCGUCAAGGGGGUGCUUCCGGACACCGCCGGACUGGUACUACAGGAUCGCCGGCCUGGCCCGACGAUCGGCUCCCGCGGCCUCGUGUCGUUGCCUUACUGCGACAACCAUGCCACCGGGGCGGGCUCCCCGGAGCUUGCCGACGGCGCUCGCAUCGCAGUGGCUCGCCAGCUCACGGCCGACGGCUUCGCAGUGCACGAGGAGGAGGACGCCUCCCUCUGGGCCGAGAGCCUCGGCUUCGCCAUCGACGGCUUGACUGGCGAGGUGGGGCCCACCGCCAAGAGGGCCACCCGCCUGGCCGCCGCGGGCCGCUGGCUUGCGCGCCGCCCGAGGAUCACAGGCGUGAUGCUUGAGCGCUUCCUGGGGCAUCGCACUUUCCAGCUCAUGGGCGAGCGCUCGCUGCUGAGUAUCUUUGGCUCGUGCUAUCGCUUUGUCAGGGUGCGUUAUAAGCAGAAGGUCCGCUUGUGGCAGUCAGCCGCGCGGGAGUGUGAGUGGCUGUCAGCUCUAGUCCGUUUUGCUCGUACCAACCUGCGUCGGCCGUGGAGUCCCACGGCCCACAUGUUCGACUCGUCGGAGACAGGCCUUGGGAUCGUCCAGGGCGUUUUCGACGAGAAGCUCAUCGCCGGCACUGGCCAGUACAAUGAGCGGUGGCGUUUCAAGCAGCCUCAUGCGCUCGCGAGGGGCGUGCGUGCGGGAGCUCUCUGGCACUUCCGAGAUGUGAUCGAAAAUGUUGAAACAGUACUCCCUGUCGCACCGCCGCCCCCUCGUCCCUGGAAGAGAAGGCGCGGGUUCCCGGAGGUCCCCACAAAGAUGCUCGAGAAGGACUCCUGGCACACCAUCCUGUCAAAGCCCUGGUUUCGGGACGAGCACAUCACCCUGCUGGAGGCCCGUACUGGGAGAUUGGUUUGCAAGUCUCUUGGGAGGUCUGUUGGGAACCGCAACAAGAAGCACCUCAUCCUCGGGGACUCCAUGGGCUCCAUCUUGGCCUUCUCCAAGGGGCGCAGUGGGGACUAUCGUAUGCUGGGUUGUUGUAGAAGUGUUGCGGCUUACACGGUCGCCCUCAAUUGCAAGUUCAAAUGGCGACUCCCAGCGCCGCCGGAGGGCGUGUUUUCCGUCGUUACAGUAUCGACGAGCUCAUCGAGAUCGGCCGCGCCUCCGGUGGCAAGCCUGCUUCAGCCGCCGAGGGACCACCCUUCGGCGCAGCGGAGUCGCCGUCUGCGGGAGGACCGUGCCAAGGCUCGAAGGGCGAGGCACGCUGUCCCAGCGGGGGGUGUUAUUCCCGGGCCGCUCCUGCUCAAGAGGGGCCCUCACCAGCUCAGUAUCCUGGAGCAGGCGUCGGUGCAGCCCCAGCAGGCGGCCACGCACAGGGCGACCUACGCCGAGUUCGCCAAGUGGGCCGCGAACGAGGGCAUCCCACUGCACUCGGACGAGGACGUGGACGCGGCGGCGGUCGACUACCUGGACGCGAUCUACCUGCAGGGCUACGAGGCGUCAUCGGGGGACAAGCUCCUCGGGGCCCUCAAGUUCAUGAGGAGCGGAGGCCCUCGCCCUCUGGCCCUGCCGCUGACGCGGAUGAGGAGGGCGCUGAGGGGCUUCCGCAAGGCCGCCCCCGGCGCCUCUCGCUUUGGGUUGCCUUGGGAAUGGACGGCCGCCAUUGCGGGGACCUUGCUGGCCACGAAGCGGCGGGAUGCGGCCCUCUGCUUGCUGGCGGCCCACGAUGCGUAUUCCCGACCUGGGGAGAUUACGGACCUGCAGGUUGGGGAUGUAGUGCUGCCUGCGCCCCGCCUCCGGGGCUACCACCGCCUCUGCCUUGUCAUGCGGCCGGAGGAGAGGGGGCAGCCGCGCAAGACGGGGAGCUUCGACGACGCUGUCUCGGUCGAGGACCUGGACGCGCAUAUCUCGUCCCACCUGGUGCAGUUGGCGAGGGGGCGGGACCCGAGCGAGAAGCUGUUCCGCCUGUCGAUCAGCCAGUACAAGGACGCAUUCGAGGACGCCGCCGACCUCGUCGGACUUGCCGCCGAGCAGCUCUGCACUUACCAGGUGAGGCACGGAGGUGCCUCGAGGGAUGCCAUGCUGAAGAGGCGCGACCUCUCCGAGAUCCAGAAGCGCGGGGGCUCGAAGACGUUCAACUCCGUCAGACGCUACGAAAAGUUUGGGAAGGUGCAGCAGGCGAUCAACCGCACGCCGUCGGACACCCUGACCUACAGCCGUCUCGCCGUGCAGUACCUCGACGAGUGGCUCCAUGG